AUGGAGUUGGUCAACGGAGUCUUGCUCAAGAUCUUGACUCAGAACUCUGAUCCUGAGGCCGCCUUCAAGAGCAUCGCCGCUUUCCUGAGCCCUUUGCCGCGCCUUCCAGCGAGGAAUUCUAAAUUCAAGCUCGUUGACUGCAUGAGGGAGGAGUUGUUGGAGUUGACGCUCGCAUUCGAUAUGUCCCUCCACGCGACGAGAUUCCCCGACGUGAAUGCCAUCGCGGUGAAGAUCCAGAGCAGCAGCCACGACACUCUCAAGCUGUUCACGUUCUCCCUGGGCCGCAAGGUGAUGCAGGUCCUGAGGAGUUCAUGCGCGAGGUCUGCGAAGGCCAGUGCAGCGAGCGAGCGCAUCGCCGGGAUGCUCGGCCAACCUGCAAGCAUGGAGCUCCUCGUGCGUCUCGACGAGGAGUUGCAAGGCGAAAGCUUCCAGGCGCCUGGCAACGUCAUUGACGCUUUCAAGGGUAUGCUCACUACGUGUACGAAGACGGUCGGCGAUGGCAUCGGCUCCCUCUUGGUGGAGAUCCUGGCGGACAAUGGUGAUUACAUCGGCGGCAUGGCGAACCACAAGCCUAAGAUCCUGGAGGAUUUUGCGCAGCAGCUUGACGCCAUUGGCAAGUUAGGGUACUGCCAGAAGUUUUCCGAGCACUCGAUCGUCCAGGUGAUCAAAUUCUUGAGGUCAACGUGCGAUGCGCCUCUGGCUGCGUUGAUGCCGUCGGUGUUCGAGUCCAACGCGGCCGGCGUGGCCGUCGUGGAGGAGCUGGCCCCAUGCAUCUCAGCCAUCGCCGCCGUCGCCAAGAUGCCCGCGGGCGACCCCGUGCCCAGCCUCUUGGACGAGGUCGGCUUAUCCGUGGACCUUCGGGGCAAAGUGCAGGGCGCCGGGACGAAGUUGCUGCAUCAGCACGAGUCCAAGACCGUCUUCCCCAAGAUUGAGCGCAUUGCGGCUUUGAUCAAUACGUCGAAUGAUUACUGGAACUCAGUUCAGACCGACGGCGACGCCACCUUCAUCACGGAGCAGGAGUUUGAUCUGGCGGCUCAACAUUUUUCGGAGAAGCGGGAUGCGAUCGCAGACUCUGAGAAGGAGCAUGCCGACGUGCAGAUGCUGAUGGUGGCGCUGGGUAAGAGCGACUUCAGCUCGGGCUUGACCCUGGUUUGGCGCCUGUGGCGCUUGCGCUUGAAUUACGGAUCCUUCAAGGCGAAAGUGAAAGAGCUGGCGGGGGAUUUCAAUGACGUCUCGGGGGCGACCCUUGCCGCCUACCAUUCCUUGGCGGAGAGUCGCGAACAGAUGCGCGUGGUGGCCGAGGCGGCCGACGCCCAGAGUUUUUGCGAGUCGUUCUGCGAGCGGUUGAAGUCUGGCGAGGUCUGCGGUCUGAGGCCGUUCCACGUCGGUCGGGUGCUGAAGGAGUGCCAGGAGGCUCUCGCGCAGAGCCAGGAGGGUUUGGAGAUAUUCGUGGGCAAGAUCGCCGGGCGGCUGACUCGGAUGGCCAACUCGCUCGCGCAGAGCGUCCCCCCCUACGAGCCCUUCGUCGUGGCGGAGUUCAAGACCGAAGUCGCCCAGGAGGAGCUGAUCAACAAGCAGUGGGACCACGUGGCGCAUGCAUGGGUGGCGAUCUCCAAGGUUCACUCGGUGGCGAUCGGCCUCAAUAACGACGUGGUGGGCAAAUUCCAGACGAGACACUCCGCGGUGGAGACGCUCGUCACAGAGGCGAUGGCUGCGGCGAAGACGUUCGUCAGCGUCGUCAGCAUCGUCACGCUGAUGCUGGACACCUUGCCGAAGACUUCCAAGGCCAAUUGGAAGACCAUGAUCGAGGGGCAGAUCGAGAAGACCAAGGGGGCAGCCAUCCCGAAAAAUCUUUCGGAUUGGAUGCAAUCGGAGCUCAAGCGGAUCAAGGCGUCUACGAAGACCGCGGCCACGUCGGGCUAG